UCAGUUGUCAGUCUUGAAUGCGAAUUCGGGUAGAGUAAACGUGUUUUAACGUAAUGGCAAUUAAAUUGAUGCCCGUAUUACCCUUGGUAGUGUACAUAUUGCUGCUGUUGCUGCACAUCUCGUUGCCACACAAGCUGCACGAUAUUUACACUUCCUAUCCAUCAGAUGCCCAACAGUUAACAAUGGAUAGGCGCGAUCAGAGCGAGAAAAUCAUUCCAGCGGAAGGCUCUGUAUCACUAAGGAAUGAGACAAGUCAAAAGCCAAUAAGUGAGAGAUCGAGUGAGCGACCACUUGAGAAGCCCACAAAUGAGAUUGAAGAGAUUCCCACUGCACAGACCGAAAUUAACGAGAUAGAAGAAACAACUGUACAGACCAAGGAGAAGAUGAAAGAGCGCCCAGAAGCAGACGAACUCGCUAAAAAAGAUCCAAAGAUUGUUGAAAUUGGACCACGCAUCACGCUCGACACGCUGCCCGUUUGCGGGGAUGGCUUUAAACUAUUUGGAGCUCAUUGUCGCAAGGAGGCUUAAAAAAGCCGUUAAUAAAAAAAAAUAGAACGCAUGCGACAA